UUUCAUUCCUCGUUAGGAUUUUUAGUGAUAUGGUUAUUUUAUUGUAUUAUUACCGGCCGGUAAGCUGUUCCUAAAUGUAAUGUUCGGAAGUGCAAUUAGAUUUGUGUCGUACGUACGUGUUUAUUUUUUACGUGAUUUUUAAAUUUUUUUCUUUCAAUAUCGCGAAAUAUUUCUGUAUUUUUGUUGUUGAAUUUUUACGUAUCGCAUCAAUUUUUUAUAUGAUCCAUUGCGUGUUUUAAUACUUACUAACUUACGGUGAUUGAUUGUUGAAACCGGUUUAAAGGUGAAAAUCAAAAUUUAGGUGCUUGAAAAAUCGCGUAGUCUUAUCUAUUUUCGAAAGGGUUCAACAUGAAGAAGACAAUGCAUUAAUCAUCAUUACAUCGUACGACGAGGGAAACAUAAAAUAUUGUUUGUGAAAUAAGAUCGUGUCGUCUUCGCAGUGCCAACAAUGAGGGCGCUGUUUUCCAUACAUAUCUGGCUAUCGGUGGUGUUGGUCGUGUGCAGUACUCGUCGUCAGGAUAAGAAAAAGUUCCACCACAAGUUCAGCGAGCCAUCGAACGUAGACGAGACGAUAAAUAUAUGCGAUUUACAGACGUUUCGCGAAAUAAAUGUUCAAUGUCAUUGCGACAGCGAAACGUAUUCGAACGCUACGGAGGCCAAGUGUUGGAUAUUUAAUGAAGGCGAAAAAGAAGAUUCUUUCAUUUGGGAAGAAUUCCGAUCUCAGCCUAAAUUACGUAUUUUGGAAGUGAACGUUCGCAGUACCCUUACCUACGUACCUACCAAAGCAUUGAGCAAUCUGGCCGAAUUGAGUUCGUUCACUUUAAUGUAUGGCAAUAUUACCAGAAUUGUACCGUACGCUUUUGCCAAUCUAACGUCUUUGGAAAGGCUCGAACUGAAACACAACAAUGUAGAAGUGUUGGAAAAAUACAGCGUUUCGAAUUUACCAAGCAUGAAAGAAAUAACUUUAAGUAAUAACGCCAUCAAAGAAAUCAGCCGCGAUAUAUUUAAGAAUCUGCCGUCGUUGAAACGUUUGUACAUCGAAGAAAAUUCUAUCAACGUGGUGCAGGAUUUGGCCUUUUCGGAAUUACGAAAUUUAGAAGAAUUGGAAAUGCAUAGGAAUCAAAUCACAGCCAUAUCGAGAAACACGUUCGCAGGGCUGAUGUCGUUGAAAAGGCUAGAUUUACAUUCCAACUUGUUAUCGGAAUUGAAAGAUUUUACGUUCGCCGAAAUGCCCAAUUUGGUGGAAUUAUUCGUCGACCAGAACAUGAUCGAGAGUGUCGGCGAGAAAGUAUUCUACGCCCUUAAACGUUUAGAUAGGUUAGUGAUGGCCGAAAAUAAACUACAUAUUUUACCAGACAACGUGUUCGUCAGUUUACCUCAUUUACGAGUAUUGGAUUUACGGGAUAAUCUUCUGCAAACGUUCACUUACGAUACAGCGUCGCCAAUUUUGGAUAAAUUGAAAAACGAAUCGUUCUAUUUUCAUAUCGAAGGUAAUAGGCUGGAAUGCGAUUGUAACCUAUCUUGGAUCCGAACACUGGCCAACGAAACAGCCAACACUCAGCUGAGAUCGAAAUUGCAGCAGCUUUCAUGCUACAUGAAAGGCGACUAUUACACUAACGACGAUAGCGAUCAAGAAAUUAACACGAAUGGACUUACCGAUAGCAGAUUAUUAAGGGAAGGUGCUCUAAGCAGUAGUCGUAACCUAGAGAAUAUGCCUGAGAACGUUGAUCGUAUGCUGAAACUAUUCAACAUUCCAGCCGAAACGUUACCGUGUCCGGAGAAAAGACAAGCUAAUGAGAAUCCACUUAUGGAACAGAUGUCAAAAAAUGAACGUGCUAGUGGAAGUCCUUGUGUGUUAUUAAAUUUCAAAUUAUUUACUUGUUUAUUUUUAAUGGCGGCGUUUGUUUUAUAAUUCAUCGAUUUAUUUUAAUAAGCGAUUUCAUCUGUAUAACGAUGUUGUAUAUUACUUAUUUCCAAAGUUUUUUUUUUAAUAUUUUAAUUUUUAUAUGAGUAUGAUGAGGUGGUUCAAGAAGCGGAGUCUGUUUUGUUAAUAGGUUUUCUGAAUUAGUUGAGGGAUGAAGCUGAGCUAAUUCUCGAUGUGUAGAGUGAAUUUGUUUUUUUGGAUUGUUGGAUCUUUUAUCGUUCCACCUUCAGUGUUUUUAAUAAGCCUGAGCAGAGCAAAAUUUGAAUAACUAAGAGUAAGUAAAUGAAUCCUAUUCAGUUCUCAAGUACUAUAAUCACUUGAGCUAGGAUGACCGAAGACCCUGCAAUCGAAAGAAGAAUACUCAUUUUACAAAUCCAAUGGUCACUCACCUUGAUUCGUUUACCUAUAGGUACCUACUAUUUGAAAAGUUGUCGAUGAAAUGACAUCUCUCUUGAAACCACCUUAGAAUAUAAAUAUUGUUUUUUUUUUUGCUUUCAACGUUUCUCUCUAUUUUUCCCCCUCGUGUAUUUUAUUAUGUAAAUAUUGUACAGCAUGUUUUUUUCUUUUUUAAAAAAACAUAAAAUAUGUACAUUUCUUGGACGAUUUUCAUAAUAGGUAUACGAUUUAGUUCCUAGGUGUAUUGUAUCUAAUGUAGUAUGUUCACAAUUUCGAGCAAAGGGAGUAUAUGCUUUGAGAAGACUGAGCGAAAAUACUCGUUUGUUUGCAGAAUGUUUUAAAUUUUAAGAAAUUAGUUAGUUAUCAUCUCACUUUAGCUUAAAAUUACUUUUUUGUUGAAAUUUUUUUUUAUUUGUUAAAAAAAAAACUUACUUGAAACGUUAUGCAUUUGAAUGGCCUAUGAACGUACUAGUGCCCUGUUUUUAAUUAUUUUUUUACAUGAUCCUUUUCCCCCCGUCCUGCAAUGAAUCUCGAUACAUAUAUUUUCCUGUUGUUUCGAAUUUCUUUUUAUUUCCAUUUCAUCGUACCUACACGAGAAUAGACCACGAUGCGGGUUAUGUUAACCUAAUUUUUAUACGGGAGUUGAACGAACAAAUUUUUCAUCUUUAUUAAUUACUAUAGGCAAUCACGGAGAUGAAUUUUUACUUUUUUUUUUAAAUUUAUUUAUUUCGAAGAUGUACGUUGACGUAUGAUUUUUUUGGCGUUUUAAUUGUAAUUUUUAUAUUUUCUUUUAUUCAAUAAAUUUGCUUUGUGCUUUUAUAAUA